CGAACCCCGUUAUCCCCCCCGUACCCCGGUUAUUAUCACCUCCGUAUCCCGGUUAUCGCCCCUGUAUCCCGGUUAUUACCGCCCCCAUGGCCCGGUUAUCGUCCCCGGUUAUCGUCCCCCCUACCCCGGUUCUCGCCCCCGUGCCCCGGUUCUGGCCCCGGAGCUGCGCGGGUGCAGCAGCGGAAAAGGAGCGCCCGGGGCGCGGGGCAGGUGCCGGUGAAGGUGAAGGGCGCUGCCUGGACACCCACACGUGGGUCGGGCUCUGCCGCCGCUGUGCCCGCGGGUUCGCCUUCCCGGAACCCCGGUAACUCCCGGUAUAACCGGGGACCCUUCCUUCCCUCGGGACCAGCAGGAGCAGCACCCCCAGAUCCUCAUUAGGGUGAUAAUGGGAAGGCUGAGAACAUCCAAACCCCUCAGGGGUGAGGAUGAGGAUGAGCUGGGAUUUCAGCCAGGGAAUUGAGCAGGAAUUGACCUCUGUGCUGUGCCAGCUCUGAUUUCUGGGUCAGGUUUGAAAUCCCAGACUUGGGAAGGGCUGAGGGGAUGUUCCCAGUGGGAAAAUCCUGUUAUCUGUGGCUUGGGAGGUGCUGCCUUGCUCCAGAGGGAGAUUCCACCAGGAAUUAUCCUGACACAAACUGGCAAUCAAGAGAUGCUUUCCUCAGCACUGAGCUGCUGCUGAGAACGGGCUCCUUCCUGCCAGCCAGGGCUGAUGACUCCAAAAAUCCUGCAGAUGUCCUCAAAACCUCUCCCUUCUGUCUCUGCAGAGCCUGACAGGGUGCAAAGGCUGUGAUGAAGAACCAGGGAGUGGAGACCAAGGCAGCUCCACGUCCUUCCAGAACGAGCAGCGGGAUGGGGCUGGAAGAGGGAGACUCGCCAGAGGCUGCAGCUCCCCCAGAAGCUCCCCAGGAGGAUCCCAAAUCCUCUCGCGACGUCUCGGAGGAGCUGAGCCGGCAGCUGGAGGACAUCCUGAGCACCUACUGUGUGGAUGCCAGCCAGGAGAACCCAGGGGAGGAUGGGGGGCACGGGGACACCCCCGAGGAGCCCGACAAGGGCCGCAGUGACUCCCCCAGGAACGGGGAGCAGGAGCCAGGGGGCCCCGAGAUCAACGGCGAGAAGGAGAACUCCAAGGGCAGCGAGGAGUUCCGGCCUGGAGAGGAGGCUGGGGACAGGGACCAGAAGAAAGCUCAGGAGAAAAAGAAAGCCAAGGGUUUAGGCAAGGAAAUCACUUUGCUGAUGCAGACCCUGAACACCCUGAGCACGUCAGAGGAGAAACUGGCAGCUCUGUGCAAGAAAUACGCUGAGCUGGAGGAGGGCGUCCAGCGUGCCAGGGAGGAGGAGGAGAAGAGGAAGGAGGUGACCUCUCACUUCCAGGUGACCCUGAACGACAUCCAGCUGCAGAUGGAGCAGCACAACGAGCGCAACUCGAAGCUGCGCCAGGAGAACAUGGAGCUGGCCGAGAGGCUCAAGAAGCUCAUCGAGCAGUACGAGCUCAGGGAGGAGCACAUUGACAAGGUGUUCAAGCACAAGGAGCUGCAGCAGCAGCUGGUGGAUGCCAAACUGCAGCAGGCCCAGGAGAUGCUGAAGGAGGCAGAGGAGAGGCACCAGCGGGAGAAGGAUUUUCUGCUGAAGGAAGCUGUGGAAUCACAGAGGAUGUGUGAGCUGAUGAAGCAGCAGGAGACCCACCUCAAGCAGCAGCUGGCUCUGUACACUGAGAAGUUUGAGGAGUUCCAGAACACCCUUUCCAAAAGCAGUGAAGUGUUCACAACCUUCAAACAGGAGAUGGAGAAGAUGACCAAGAAAAUCAAGAAGCUGGAGAAGGAGACCACCAUGUACCGCUCCCGCUGGGAGAGCAGCAACAAGGCCCUGCUGGAGAUGGCAGAGGAGAAAACCCUGCGGGACAAGGAGCUGGAGGGGCUGCAGGUGAAGAUCCAGCGCCUGGAGAAGCUGUGCCGGGCGCUGCAGACGGAGCGCAACGACCUCAACAAGAAGGUGCAGGACCUGUGUGCCCACACUGAGCUGCUGGAGCCCCUGAAGGAGCCACCACGGGACAGCUCUGAGGCAGCUCCAGACUCCCCGAGGCCAGGAAAGGCCCCACAGAGCCCGGAUCCCACAGGAGCCCUGGCAGAACUGAGCACGGGGGCAGCGGGGCAGAGCGGGACUGAGCAGGGCACUGACUGAGCCCCAGCUGGGCGAGGGAGGGUGACCUGGGAGCUGCUUUAGAUUCCACUCUCCCUGUCCUGGGACAGCUGGGAAAGGACAGGACACAGCCCUCCUGGGGAUGGGAGAUUUCCUAGUUUAGUUUUUUGGAGGGGUUUUUUUUUAAGAUUUUAUAUAUAUAUAUACAUAUAUAUAUAUAAGAUAUAUAAAAAUGUGCAGGGCAACACUUUAUAUCUAUGGAUAUCCAUAAGAAACAGAAGGGCCCAGCUCCCUGCCUGUGUGAAUACUGAAAAUAUGGAGCCUCAGCUGAUUGUCCCUCUCACUAAAGGACCUGGUCACUGGCAGGGACAAGCACAGGGACAAAGGACACGCCUCCACCAUCACAAGGACUCCACCCUGAAGUGACAGCAGAGCUGGGAGAAUUCCAGAAUAUUCCCAGCACUGGAUUCUCCCUCUUCCCCCUGCCAGGCAGGAGGGAGCUCCUGGUCUGGCUCUGCUGGCAGCUCGUGUGUGAGCUGAGGGCACAAGAGGCCGUUCCCUGCUCUCCGUGGGCCCUGUGUCUGCAAUGGGGACCAGGAGAAGCAGCAAAAGGGGGUGCCUGGUCCCACCCUUGGGAAUUUUUUGCUCUUGCCAGGCCCUGCCAAUCUCAAAACCGCCUUAUAAUUCACAGUUGCCUCUUUGCUGAACGCACACGUGCACAAAGUGUAUUAAACAGUUAUCCCAAAGGUCUCAUUCCCAAGUGUUUGCAUCGUUGUGCACAGGGACUGGGGAGGUGCCCCCCAGCCCUGGAGGCAUCCACGGAGCUGGGGCUGCAGGAGGAUCAAACCUCAGAGCUGUGUGAGCUCCUGGAGCUGCUGCUCCAGCCGGGAUCAGCUCCUGGAUUGCACCUGGGGCUGCUCCUGGGGGUGCCUGUGCCACCCCAGCCCCACCUCUGCUUUCCCUCCCUGCUUGGAACAGCAUCUCCCCAGUGCUGCCUCACCCCAGGGGCCUGCGUGUGCUGGGAGGGAGUUUAGGGACAGCUGUGGCACCUGCUGGCACCAGGGUUUGGGAUUUUCCUUGGUUUGUCAGGACUUUGUCUUUCCCUGAUCUUCUGGAAGACUCGGCUCGCUUGGAACCUCGCUGCAGCUUCUGUUUGUGACAGACUUCACUGCCAGCAUUGCCUUCCUCGUGCUGGGAGCUGAUCCCCACCCUGGCUGUAUCCCGUGGAUCCCUCUGGGACUCUCCUCUGGCACCACAGCUGCUCUCACAUCUCCCCUCCAUGAAGGACCUGCCUCCACAUCUCCUUUUCCUCCCGGGAAUCCAGAUCUGAGGAGGCCAGCAUGGACGGGCUCUGAGGCUCCACAGAGCCCUGCUGGACAUGCACUGGGACAGUCCCUGGAGCUGUGGUGGCUUUGUCUUCCAGCCCCUGCUGGUUCCUCUGGGGUGAUCCAUGAAUGUAACCCAGCCAGGCUGAGCAGGGCUGCUGCUGACAUCCGGACUGCAGAAAAAGCAAAACCCCUUAAAAUUCACCAAACCCCCCAAACCCCCUUUUUCUCUGUCUUUUCCCUGUUAAGGUACAGAAACCUCCUCGUGUGUAUCCUGUAUCCAAUAGAAACACUCCCAACCUC